AUGCCUGUCUCCUCCCUCGUCCCGAAACAUCCACCCACACAGUGCGUGGAUUCGAAGGGUCGCACGCCGUUGAUUCUUGCCAGUAGCCGGGCAGAGGGGUAUGAGGCGGCGAAACUUCUGCUGCAGUUGGGCGCUCUUGUUCGCGCCUACUCCAAAGGUCCAGGAGGGGGCACGGCUAUUCACUACGCCGCUCGCAAGCAGCUCGAUGCCACGGUGAAGCUGCUGCUGGACCACGGAGCGGACCCCCUUCUUCCCAACGACGAUGGAAGGACCGCGCUGGACCUGGCGAGAGAGAGAAACGCCACUGCUGUUGUCCGACUCAUAGAGAGCCGGGUGGCGUUGUUCGAGGGCUAUGUGCGCCAGCAGACCCUCUCAGCGCCGUCGCUAGUGAAAGCCUUUAUCCCGCAAUGGGUGUACCGGAGAAUCUGGGUGGCAGUGCUACCUGGGCCCACCAUGAGUGAUGGACGCCAGACAUUCCGCCUCGCUCUCUAUCCCUCCAUGGCUUUUGGCGCACCCUAUUUCGACAUAGCUCUGCAUGUGUGCCGCAUUCACAUGACCAAGCUGGACUCUGCCAACCCUGUACUCGUUAUAGAGGACCCCGUUCAUGCGGAGAAGGGCAAGUGGAAGUUUGUGAGCGACAAGGAUUCACCCGACCCCUCGCAGAUAUUCCGCCUGCACGACGCCUGCCUUGGAACACCACGGGCUCGCACCCAGUCAGCCAAUCAGCAUCCGCCACCUCAGCAUGUGGCAUCCUCUCCCCACACCCCACAAUCACAUGCACCAUCACCGGAAACCCAGCUCCCAGCGUCUCGCUCUCACACUGCCCCCUCCUCCAUUGACCAUCCCCCCCCACCACAGAUGCACCCCACCAUGUACCCCCAACCUCCCGCCGCUCCUCCUGUUUCCCCUUUUGCUGCUCCUCCUGCUCCUGCUGCUGCUGCUGCUGCUGCUUAUGAUGCUUAUGCUGCGGCCUAUUACACACAGCAGCAGGCACAACAGCAGCAGCACGCAUGGCAGCAGUAUCAGCAGCAGCAGCAGCAGGCAUGGCAGCAGCAGCAGCAGCAGCAGCAGCAGCAGCAGCAGCAGCAGGGAGGGUGUUCUGGAGCAGCAGCAGGAGCAGGAGGGAUGACAUCAGCAUCAUCUGAAUCCAGGGGCGUGGUGAACGUGCACGCGUGGCAGGAUGACGUGGACGAGGACACGGCGUUCCAGCUGGCACUGACUGAGUCGAUGCACACUGCCAGCACCGCUGGUUCUUCCCGAGCCAACGCUCCUGGUGCUUCUAGUGCUUCUAGUGCCGCCGCUGCGGCUGCUCAGGGAAUGAGCAGAGGGGAGGGAGGAGCAGACGGGUUUAUUCUCACCCGCUCCUCCUCCGAGCCUCAGUCCAGAUCCGGACGCUCCCUCUCCUCAUCUUCCUCUUCCGCUGCUGGUGUUGGUGCUGCUGCCUCUGGUGCAUCCACUUCUUCUCAUCGCUCCUCCAGGUCCGUUUCAGCCUCUGCUGAUCGCCACCCCUUUGCCCCACCUGCUGCCCCUAUCCCCUCUUCCUCUGCUGCUGCCGGCACUUCCUUUGGCGUUGCCGCUGGUCCUGCAGCUGGCUCUGCGGCUGGUUCUGCAGGUACAGCUGGCACUGCUGGCACUGCUGUUGCAGCAGGCGUGGAAGGGGGUAGAAUGCGCGACGAAAUUGCGAAUCAGUUCUCCUCUGUGGCACCGGCGUUCAACCGAGCAGCAGCAGCCGUGUCAUCGCUCUUUGCUUCCGGCCCACCGUCAGCACCUCCUGCGGAUGGUCCUGCUUCCACAUCAGGAGCAUCAGUGGGAGCAGGGAGAGUGCCAGGAGCAGCCGUGCAACCACCCAACUCCCAUCCCCAUACACCUGCCAGCGUCCCAUCCCCUGCUGCUGCAGCGUCGGUAGCUAUUCCUGUUGAUUUGGGCGGCGGCAGUGGCGGAGAUUUGGGCGGCGGCAGUGGCGGAGAUUUGGGCGGCGGCAUUGGCGGAGAUUUGGGCGGCGGCAGUGGCGGAGACCUGGGCGGCGGCAGUGGCGGAGACCUGGGCGGCGGCAGUGGCGGAGACCUGGGCGGCGGAAGUGGCGGAGACCUGGGCGGCGGAAGUGGCGGAGACCUGGGCGGCGGAAGUGGCGGAGACCUGGGCGGCGGAAGUGGCGGAGACCUGGGCGGCGGAAGUGGCGGAGACCUGGGCGGCGGAAGUGGCGGAGACCUGGGCGGCGGAAGUGGCGGAGACCUGGGCGGCGGAAGUGGCGGAGACCUGGGCGGCGGAAGUGGCGGAGACCUGGGCGGCGGCAAUGGCGGAGAGCAGGGCGGACCCGGCGGAGAGCAGGGCGGACUUGGCGGAGAGCAGGGCGGACCUGGCGGAGAGCAGGGCGGACCUGGCGGAGAGCAGGGCGGACACGGCGGACAGCAGGGCGGCCGGCAGGGCGGACAGGGCGGACCGCCGCAGGGAGGUCAGCAGGGCGGAGAGCAGGGCGGACAGCAAGGCGGACGUGGCGGACCACCGCAGCAGGGCGGACAGCAGAGCGGACAGCAGGGCGGAUCUGGCGGACCGCCGCAGCAGGGCGGACAGCAGGGCGGACCUGGCGGACCGCCGCAGCAGGGCGGACAGCAGGGCGGACAGCAGGGCGGACAGCAGAGCGGAUUUGGCGGACAGCAGGGCGGCCAGCAGGGCGGCCAGCAGGGCGGCCAGCAGGGCGGCCAGCAGGGACCGCCGCAGGGCCUUACUGGCGGACAGCAGAGCGGACAGCAGGGCGGACAGCAGGGCGGAUCUGGCGGACCGCCGCAGCAGGGCGGACAGCAGGGCGGACCUGGCGGACCGCCACAGCAGGGCGGACAGCAGGGCGGACAGCAGAGCGGAUUUGGCGGACAGCAGGGCGGACAGCAGAGCGGAUUUGGCGGACAGCAGGGCGGCCAGCAGGGCGGCCAGCAGGGACCGCCGCAGGGCUUUACUGGCGGACAGCAGAGCGGACAGCAGGGCGGACAGCAGGGCGGAUCUGGCGGACCGCCGCAGCAGGGCGGACAGCAGGGCGGACCUGGCGGACCGCCGCAGCAGGGCGGACAGCAGGGCGGACAGCAGAGCGGAUUUGGCGGACAGCAGGGCGGACAGCAGAGCGGAUUUGGCGGACAGCAGGGCGGCCAGCAGAGCGGAUUUGGCGGACAGCAGGGCGGCCAGCAGGGCGGCCAGCAGGGACCGCCGCAGGGCUUUACUGGCGGACAGCAGAGCGGACAGCAGGGCGGACAGCAGGGCGGAUCUGGCGGACCGCCGCAGCAGGGCGGACAGCAGGGCGGACCUGGCGGACCGCCGCAGCAGGGCGGACAGCAGGGCGGACAGCAGAGCGGAUUUGGCGGACAGCAGGGCGGCCAGCAGAGCGGAUUUGGCGGACAGCAGGGCGGCCAGCAGGGCGGCCAGCAGGGACCGCCGCAGGGCUUUACUGGCGGACAGCAGAGCGGACAGCAGGGCGGACAGCAGGGCGGACAGCAGGGCGGACAGCAGGGCGGACAGCAGGGCGGACAGCAGGGCGGACAGCAGGGCGGAUCUGGCGGACCCCCGCAGCAGAGCGGGCAGCAGGGCGGACAGGGCGGACCGCCGCAGCAGGGCGGACAGGGUGGAGCAGGCAGCUCGAGCUUCGCUACCACUCAGAGUGUGAGAGACAGUGCGAUCAAUACAACAGGUGGCAAGGGUGGCAAGGGAGGGAAGGGAGGGAAGGGCGGCAAGGGAGGCAAGGGAGGAAAGGGCGGAAAGGGUGGCAAGGGCGGAAAGAAGUGA